GAGGACGACGACGACGACUAAUUAGCGAUCGUUCGUCGUUGUUCAAGAGAAAAAUUGUUGUGCGCCUCGUAACGACUUCCGACGGAAGCGAGGUGAUGAAUUGAAGACGAAAGCCGAGCGAGUGAAGCAGAGCGCGUUGUUCCACGUGAAAAGAAAACGUCACCUCGACGUUCGGAGCGAACCUCAUUAUUUACCGACGGUUCGGGGAGGACAGAUGGAGGGGGAAGGGCGAGGGCGCAGGGCAGUGGCAAACAUAGUGGAGGCAAGAGACAACGAAACAGAGGUGAAAAGAAAAGUGACACUCUCCUAUUGCCUCGAAGUCGGUGCUCACGACGGUAUUUUCCUCGCUUCUAGCAAGGCGGCGAACCAGUCCAUCUGA